AUGGGUCGCGUCCGCACCAAGACCGUGAAGAAGUCCGCCAAGGUCAUCAUCGAGCGUUACUACCCCAAGCUCACUCUCGACUUCGAGACCAACAAGCGCAUCUGUGAUGAAAUCGCCGUCAUUGCCAGCAAGCGCCUGCGCAACAAGAUCGCCGGUUACACCACCCACUUGAUGAAGCGUAUUCAGCGUGGACCCGUUCGCGGUAUCUCCUUCAAGCUACAGGAGGAGGAGCGUGAGAGGAAGGAUCAGUACGUGCCAGAGGUUUCGGCUCUGGACUUCACCCAGAACAGCGAGAGCGGUCAAUUGGAUGUCGACCAGGAGACCAAGGACUUGCUCAAGUCGCUCGGCUUCGACAGCAUCCCAGUCAACGUGGUUGCCGUCCAGCAGCAGCAGGUUGCCGACCGACCUCGCCGCUUCGGCGACCGCGCACCCCGUGCUUAA